GUUCGUUCCAAGCAAGGGCACGUGGCAAGGAAUGCGACAGGAAUAGGGGAUUGCUCUACGCCUCUAGCUUUGUCUCUGCCCAAAUGCUGCAUUGGACAGUUGUUUCGAGCGAAGAGACUGAGUGGAAGAAUGGCCUUUGUGAUGGACAUGGUGCAGAUCUUUAAGUUCAGCAUGUUGAAAGCUGCAAGACUUUCAUUUGCUUUUAGUUGCAAAAAUCAUUUUCAGGCAGCCAAACAUUUUUCAACUCAGGAGAAGGAACCACCACAAUCUGCAUCACCUCCUGGGUUUGAGGAUGAAGGAAAUUCACACCACCAUGACAGUCACCAGCUUCAAAUAUCUGGAGUUGAGGAUGCGGCACGAAUGAUCCCUAAAUCAAAUCCUCCCCCCAGGAGCUAUAUAGGCCUUGCCCCACAGAAGAAUUUGCAGUGGAAGUGGAAGUCUAGCAUGAGAAACACUGGGCAGGCUGCAUCUUCCAGUGAGGAGUUUAGGAACCUGAGAGAGGAUGACUUUUCAAAAGAGCGGAAAAGACCUGCCCCAAAGCCUAUGUCCUUUGAAAGGACCAAAGGUUCAGAGAUCUUGUUUGGCAUUGCACCCUGCUCCCUGGCUUUCUCGCAGUCAAAGAGGAACUUUUUCAGGUUAUUCCUCAAGUCGGGCAGCAGCUCCGCACGGCCUGUGAUGGAAGAGUUUGCCCAACGAGCUAAGGCUCGCGGGGUCCCCGUGCACCGGGUCAGAAGGCAGGUGUUGGAUACCCUUUGCAAAGGCCAAGUCCACCAGGGGGUUUGCUUAGAGGCCACUCCUCUCCAUCCUAGGAGCUUGGAAGAAGCUGAAGUUUCCCAGGUUGGAGUUGCUACUGUUUUGGGCACACAGCUGAUUUGGCUGGUGCUGGAGAAGAUACAAGAUCCUAUGAAUCUGGGUGCAGUGGUGCGUUCUGCACACUACUUAGGAGUUGACAGGGUGGUGACCAGCCUAAAGGACAGUUGCCCCCUUACUCCUAUGGUGAGCAAAGCAAGUGCUGGAGCCAUGGAGGUUUUGGAAAUAUACGGCACUGAUGAUCUGCAGAGAUUUCUGAAGACUAAAACUGAAGAAGGCUGGGAAGUCAUAGGAACAGUCGGUAAAUCAGAGGUCAAGGAAACGGUCCCAGUCAUCAACUGCUUAGAAUUUCAUUGGAAUAAACCCACAGUUUUGGUCAUAGGGAAUGAAGGGUAUGGGCUCUCUUCAGAGACACGAAAUUUGUGCCACAGGAUGCUAAUUAUCCCUCCUGGAAGAACAUUGCAACCUGGGAUUGAAUCAUUAAACGUCUCUGUAGCUACUGGGAUUCUUUUGCAUUCUAUAUGCAGCCAAAAAAUAAAGUAACACAAUGUGAUUUUACUGUGCAUUAUGUAGAUCUUUUGAAAUCCAACUCUCCUGAGCAGGGAAAACAGUUCAGUGUGGUGUGGUUUCACUGAAAAUCAGUAGCGGCAGACACCCUGACAUCCAGAGUCUUCGUACAUCUGUGAGCUCCUGAGAAGCUAAGGAGAAAGUAAACACUCCAUUUUCUGCGGUGGAACAUUCAACUAAAACUUUAGAAGAUUCCAGGUACCAUUCCAGGUCAUGUACUAUGUCCUACUCUCUAAGUUGUCACUGAACAUUGUCCCAUCUGUCCACUGGACGUGCCUCCUUCAUCAAGCUGCUAACAACUCCAAGAACCUGUUGAGUACACGAACUUCAAGAGAAAACAUUAAAGAAAAUGUGACAGAGAAAACGCUAGAUUUUAAAAACAGGGAGCCACGUCUCUAAAAGUUUACUGAUGCAAAACAUCCAUUAAAAUUAAUAGACUUUUUUUGCACUAAUGCUCCUUUACGGUGCUCAUUCCCAGUGAAAUCUUUGCUGGAAUAAGGACUGUAGAAUCAGGCCCAUUCAGUAUUUUCUUCAUAGUGUGAAGGUGCUUCCCAUUGUACAUUGCUGUUUGAACAUCUAAAAACAUGUUGCAUUGAAUCUGACUGUAAAAUAAAUCUUUGAACUUAAUCAUGUGAUAGGUGUGACCUAUAAUGAAACUCAGUUGAGGAAAAAAAUUCCAUUGAAAUAAAACUGUUUAUAGAUUUGUCGUA